AUGAAGGCUAUUUCUGUACUUGCUCUGCUUAUCGCUGGCCUGUUGGUGAUCGUGCAGGCCGACAUCCCCAGCGAGUUCACCGCGUUCGACACGAGCAAGGAUGACCAGGUCGGCUUCGGCGAGAUUCUGGACCAAGUGGUCAAGAAGACGGGACACAAGCCAACCGACGAGCAGUUCAACAUGAUUCAAACACGAUUCCGCGAGGCGGACACUAACUACAACGAGCAGCUCAGCUUGGCCGAAUUCGCCAAAGUCUACCCCGUUUAUGUCGAGGCUUUGUCGAAGCAG